CGAUUUUAUGAUUAAAUAUUUUCUGUGCAGUUUAUUUAUAUAAUGAUUAAUUUAUUUAAUAAUAUCUGUGUUUCUUUGUGUGAGGCCUGUCCUCUCAUGACUCUUUAUUAGCAUAUCUGCAGUGCAGUUCCUCCUGCAGCCUCCUGGGUGUGACAGCAAGUUCAUCAACAGUUCUUUUGCACUUUCUAAUAGCAAAGAAGAAGUUUCUUUUGGGGGGGUUGAGGAGGGUGAGGAGGGGCUGGCCCUCUUUCUGUUGUUCCGCUGGAGAAUCCUGCAGGAAGGGGAUCAGGAGCACAACACACCGACCAGACCAGAGACCAGACAUCACAGCACAGCUACUCACAGCGCGCCUCCGAACACUCAGCCGCUCAGCCGCAUCACGGCGCCGCUGCAGGAGAGAAGAGAGAGUACCGCUCCUCCAGCUCUCCGGUACCGGUACCGGUUCUACCUCCUGGGUUAACGGGCAGCACAAGCAGCUGGCAGCUACGGCCGUUAGCCUGAACUCCUCUGCGGGUCUGGGGGGCUCUGUGAAGGGAGGAAGAGGAGGAGGAGAGAGGAGGAGGAAGAGGAGGCUGGAGGUCUGAGACGCUUCCAGCCUGAAGGGGCCGCCGGUUCGGCCACAGGAACCCAGACCCGGACCAGCUAGCUUUGGACCCGCGCAGCUAAGUGAAUGGGAUGGAGCCGGGACCGUCUGGCGCUGUGCCCAUGGGGGCCUUCCCCCCACCCCUGCAGCAGGUGUUCCAUGCCCCCCGCCGGCCAGGCAUGGGUACCGUGGGCAAGCCCAUCAAGCUGCUGGCCAACUACUUCGAGGUGGAGAUCCCAAAGAUGGACGUCUUUCACUAUGAGGUGGACAUCAAGCCCGACAAGUGCCCACGGAGAGUCAACAGGGAGGUGGUGGAAUACAUGGUGCAACACUUCAAGCCCCAGCUCUUUGGCGACAGGAAGCCGGUGUACGACGGCAAGAAGAACAUCUACACGGUGCUAGCACUUCCCAUCGGGAGUGAGAAGGUGGAUUUUGAGGUAACCAUCCCAGGUGAGGGCAAAGACCGAAUCUUCAAGGUGUCCAUCCGUUGGCUGGCCAAAGUGUCAUGGCGCCUGCUGCAGGAGACUCUGGUCAGCGGUCGGCUGCAGGUCCCUCUCGACUCGGUCCAAGCCCUGGAUGUGGCCAUGCGCCACCUGGCCUCUAUGAGGUACACUCCAGUGGGCCGAUCAUUUUUCUCCCCACCUGAAGGAUACUACCACCCACUGGGCGGGGGGAGGGAAGUCUGGUUUGGCUUCCACCAGUCUGUGCGCCCCGCCAUGUGGAAGAUGAUGCUCAACAUUGAUGUGUCUGCCACGGCCUUCUACAAAGCCCAGCCUGUAAUUGAGUUCAUGUGUGAAGUUUUGGACAUUCGCAAUAUCGACGAGCAGCCUAAGACUCUCACCGAUUCGCAAAGGGUCCGCUUCACCAAGGAGAUUAAAGGUGGGCUAUCGGCCAGUGUGACCGGCCUGAAGGUGGAGGUGACUCACUGCGGCCAAAUGAAGAGGAAGUAUCGUGUAUGCAAUGUCACCCGACGACCUGCCAGCCACCAAACGUUUCCCCUCCAGCUUGAAAGCGGGCAGACAGUAGAAUGUACAGUGGCCCAGUACUUCAAGCAGAAGUACAACUUGCAGCUAAAAUACCCCCACCUGCCCUGUCUACAGGUGGGGCAGGAGCAGAAGCACACCUACCUGCCUCUGGAGGUGUGUAACAUUGUAGCAGGUCAAAGGUGCAUCAAGAAGCUGACAGAUAAUCAGACCUCCACUAUGAUCAAAGCCACGGCUCGCUCUGCACCCGACAGACAGGAGGAGAUCAGCAGGCUGAUGAAGAAUGCUAACUUCAACCUGGACCCGUACAUCCAGGAGUUUGGGAUCAAGGUGAAGGAUGAGAUGGCGGAGGUGACGGGCAGGGUGCUUCCAGCCCCGAUCCUGCAGUACGGAGGACGGAACCGUGCCAUAGCGACCCCCAACCAGGGAGUGUGGGACAUGAGGGGGAAGCAGUUUUACAACGGCAUCGAGAUCAAAGUGUGGGCCAUCGCCUGCUUCGCCCCCCAGAAACAGUGCAGAGAAGAGGUGCUCAAGAACUUCACGGACCAGCUGCGUAAAAUCUCCAAGGAUGCCGGGAUGCCCAUCCAGGGUCAGCCAUGUUUCUGUAAAUACGCCCAGGGAGCGGACAGCGUGGAGCCCAUGUUCAGACACCUGAAGAACACCUACUCUGGACUGCAGCUCAUCAUCGUCAUCCUGCCGGGAAAAACUCCAGUCUAUGCCGAGGUAAAGCGCGUGGGGGACACCCUCCUGGGCAUGGCCACGCAGUGCGUUCAGGUGAAGAACGUGGUGAAGACGUCGCCUCAGACCCUCUCCAACCUCUGCCUCAAGAUCAAUGUGAAGCUGGGAGGCAUCAACAACAUCCUGGUGCCUCACCAACGGUCAGCCGUGUUCCAGCAGCCGGUUAUCUUCCUGGGAGCAGACGUCACGCACCCCCCUGCUGGAGACGGCAAGAAGCCCUCCAUUACUGCUGUGGUAGGCAGUAUGGAUGCUCAUCCCAGCAGAUACUGUGCCACAGUGCGAGUCCAGAGACCCAGGCAGGAGAUCAUCGAAGACUUGUCUUACAUGGUGCGCGAACUAUUGAUUCAGUUCUACAAGUCGACCCGAUUCAAGCCCACCAGGAUCAUUUUCUACAGAGAUGGAGUUCCUGAGGGACAGCUGCCACAGAUCCUCCACUACGAGCUCCUGGCCAUCAGAGACGCGUGCAUCAAGUUGGAGAAAGACUACCAGCCAGGCAUCACCUACAUCGUGGUGCAGAAACGCCACCACACACGCCUCUUCUGUGCUGACAAGUCUGAAAGGAUUGGGAAGAGUGGGAAUAUUCCUGCAGGGACAACAGUGGACACCAGCAUCACUCAUCCCUUUGAGUUUGACUUCUAUCUGUGCAGCCACGCGGGCAUACAGGGUACCAGCCGGCCGUCUCAUUACUACGUCUUAUGGGACGACAAUCGUUUCACGGCUGACGAGUUGCAGAUUCUAACGUACCAGUUGUGCCACACUUACGUGCGCUGUACCCGCUCAGUCUCCAUCCCCGCGCCAGCCUACUAUGCUCGUCUUGUGGCCUUCCGUGCCCGCUACCAUCUGGUGGACAAAGAACACGACAGCGGAGAGGGCAGCCAUGUGUCCGGUCAGAGUAACGGUCGGGACCCCCAGGCGCUGGCUAAGGCCGUUCAGAUUCACCACGACACCCUGAGGACCAUGUACUUCGCCUGAGCUACACCAACCAUCACCGCCAUCGACCCCUUCUCCCACCUCAUUUCUACCUGAGUGGGCAACGCAGCCCGCCGCCACCACCACCUCAUCCCCAUCCCUUAUUCCCAAUGACUGCCCACCACACAUACCCCCACAGACCUGCCAGUCAUUGACCCAAAAACCCAACAAACAUAAUGCCCUUCACCUGUAAAACACAGGCAGACUCUACAGCCUCAUGCACUCAAACGGUUAUGAAUAUUAUUAUUAUUAUUAUUGUCAUUUUGUUGUUUUUUACUUUACCAGGACUAUUGCUCUUUUUAUGUUGAAUUUUUAAAACGUGGGUAUUAUUAUGUAAUUGUAUUGUACGCUACCUUCACACUCUUGUGUAUGUAAGUAUGCAAUACGGAUGGGAGGACAAUAGGCGUAGAAAAAAAAAAAAAAAAAUCACAAAAACGUUUUGUAACUGCCACGAUGCUGCCUCUUUACCCAUCCCAAUGCCCUCAGUACGGGGAUCCUCCAGAGGGGCGGUACUGGGCACGCACACUUACAUGUAUCAUUUUAUCGUUGUCAUGAACUACAUUCAUGUUUUUAAUGUUAUUUUUUUUUAAUAAUGUCAUUUGUUUUAAACUGCCUUGAGGAGUCUGAGGUAUGGUACAUUAGCACUUAGUGUUAUUAUGUAGGUGCCACCAGUCCUGCACAUAAGAGUUUGUUAGUACAUGUAGACAGAACAUACAGUACAGAAAGAGCAGGCGUAGCAUAUCGUAGACACAGGAGAGAAGUCCUGCCACGCUCUCUGUGCUGGUCGGUCAGUCCCUUAGAGAUUUAGCCUGUAGAGGCGAGCUUAGCUUAACAAUAGAGGGACCAUUUGCAUAGAGUGUAUCAAAUAUACUUGCACCCCAUGCACCUAAACCAGCAUUAUUAACCAGCCAAAAGUGAUGCCAACCAAUGGAGAAGGGGCACUUAAACAGGAAGAUAAUCUUUCGUUUAUGUAUGCGUUGCUCUUUUAGUAUUUACGAGGCACUUUUUUUUAUUAUUUACUUGUUGAUUUAUUUCACUUCAGAAUGGUGAGAGUUUGUCCUGAGGCUUGACACGGACUAGUUUGAGGUUUUCACACUCACUCACCCGCAUAGCUUUCAGAACAAAUAGGUAACUAAGGCAAUAGGCAAGGUCAACACUCCUCUGUAGAUUUGAAUGCAGGCAAAUACAAAGUCUGUGAUCACUUAAGUGCUGCAAAAGCUGAACUCGCAUUCAGCAACUGACCUUGCUCCGAUCAUUCUGCACAUUCCGACAUGUAUCGGUGGAGAUGACGCCACAACGGUGCACUCUAAACUUCCACGCGGCGCGCACUUCUUCGCGUACCUACACACACUUAUCCCCAUUUUUACACAAAGCUCUUCCCUCUGCAGGCAUUUACAACUCAUAGCCUGAACAGCAGAAGCACACACCAAUCUGCCCUCUCCGUCUCUUUCUUAGCAUGUAGAGACCGACCUCUUCAAAUGCACUUGUCCCCCUUAUUUCCCUUUCAAGCCAAACUAUCAUUCUUUCCAUCAUCACCUUCUAUCCUUGCUGUCUCUAUUCUCACUUCUGCAGCAUCCCCUGCCCCCCAAUCCCCUAGCUCGUGUUAGCCAAUCCCCAUUGGUGCUCUGUGUGCAUGGGCUGCACAGAUAGGGGAUUGCUACAUUGGACACAAUUACUACUACUUAUUAAUAUGCCCUGCCUUUACAUCUAGUCACUUUCUGGAUUUAUGAAAAAAAAAAAAAAUGCAUGUAAUUAUUUUUUAUGACUGGAUAUUCUGAGCCACCUUAUUUUGGUUUCCUUAGAGGUAGGAGCCUCGCGCUCGCCACUGCCCGUCAGUCGUUUUGCCUCGAUUGUGUAAUGGUUAUAAAAACUGCUUUUUCUUUUGUCAUUAUUAUUAUUAUUAUUAUUAUUAUGAAUAUUGUGACUAGUGUCAGAGUGCAUCCUCAAGAGGGCACUGUGGAGACAAGUCUCAAAAUUCCACCUCAGUUGCCCUUUAAGCGCCUCAAAUGUUGUCUGAUGGUCAGAGCCCCUUCUGCGCUGAAAGGGAUCAAAAGAUGAGUUUUGAUUUUUUUUUAAUCAUGUUUAUCAACUUAACAUAAUCAAAAUGCCUUUGUACACCCGUUUUACUGAUCCUUUCAUUGUGUCCGAGGUGAUUUGUACAUAUAAAUAUAUGAUAUUAACCUGUUAUGUAUUUUGGCUCACCAGUUGCCAGGCCUUUCACAGUCGGGGCCAGUGUUUUAAAAAAAAAAAAACAGAAAAGAAAAAUCAGUCUGGGGGGCAUUUCCCAGUACCACUGAAACCAGAUGCAGUUCUUCACUCACCGAAGCCACAAAGCACCUUGCAAAGAGGGGGAGACGAAACGGCAGUCACCCUGGAAAUGCAUCAUGUGGACAGCGGAGAGUCCACUCCUCCCCACACAGCCUCACUGUCUGACUAAGCAAUAUUGAAGCCACUGAUCAAGAACAGUCCUUGUCAUAGCACUUCCCAAUAGAUUUGAAUGAAAGGACAUGGAAGCAUAUUAUUUUGGCUCUGUGUGUGAUAGUAUGGGAACUCUGUUGGGGCGGGUUAUUUUUUAAAGAAAAUAAAAUUGUUUUUUAUUAA